ACGCUCUUUGUACACUCCGCCCUCUCUCCCCAUCUCUUUCGACAGAUCUCUUCUCUCUCUCGUGUUUCACGAAACAAUGGCGACUCAAUUCAGCGCUUCUGUCUCAUUGCAAACUUCUUGUCUGGCAACAACAAGGAUUAGUUUCCAAAAGCCAGCUUUGAUUUCCAACCAUGGAAAGACUAAUCUAUCCUUCAACCUCCGCCGUUCAAUCCCAUCUCGCCGCCUCUCUGUUUCUUGCGCGGCAAAACAAGAGACGAUAGAGAAAGUGUCUGCUAUAGUUAAGAAGCAACUAUCACUUACACCGGAUAAAAAAGUCGUUGCAGAAACCAAAUUUGCUGACCUUGGAGCAGAUUCUCUCGACACGGUUGAGAUAGUAAUGGGUUUAGAGGAAGAGUUUAACAUCCAAAUGGCCGAAGAGAAAGCACAGAAGAUUGCCACAGUUGAGCAAGCUGCUGAACUCAUUGAAGAGCUCAUCAACGAGAAGAAGUAAUUUUAGUUUUCUUUUAUAAAAUGCCCUUAAAUAAACUAAAAAAGAAAACGACAAAAAAAAACAGGGCGUUGAGUUUGUUUUCAUUAUGUUUGAUUUCUCUGUCAUUUUCUUUAAUGUGUCUAGCGAGUCUGCCUUUGUCCCAAUGGUUUAGUAUCUGCAUGUAUCCACGGAUCUCUAUUUGUCGACGAAUGUUAUUUACAAUAAGUGUUUCUUAUUUUCUUUCCAAGAUCG